AUGGGACGGUGCAGCAGUAAGUUAGAAGCUGUACAACCAAAACCCAUCAAUCAAAAUACAGUGAGUAAUAUCUGUGAGGUUUAUCUGUGUGUAUCUCAUAUUAUCUGAGUGUAUUUAAUAAUCUAAUAUUAUCUGUGUGUAUCUAAUAUUAUCUGUGUGUAUCUAAUAAUCUUAUAUUAUCUGUGUGUAUCUAAUAUUAUCUGUGUGUAUCUAAUAUUAUCUGUGUGUAUCUAAUAAUCUUAUAUUAUCUGUGUGUAUCUAAUAUUAUCUGUGUUUAUCUAAUAUUAUCUGUGUGUAUCUAAUAAUCCAAUAUUAUCUGUGUGUAGCUAAUAUUAUCUGUGUGUAUCUAAUAAUCUAAUAUUAUCUGUGUAUAGCUAAUUAUCUCAUAUGAUCUGUGUGUAUCUAAUAUUAUCUGUGUUUAUCUAAUAUUAUCUGUGUGUAUCUAAUAAUCUAAUAUUAUCUGUGUAUAUCUAAUAUUAUCUGUGUGUAUCUAGCAACCUAAUAUUAUCUGUGUGUAUCUAGCAACCUAAUAUUAUCUGUGUUUAUCUAAUAUUAUUUGUGAGUAUCUAAUAAUCUAAUAUUAUCUGUGUAUCUAAUAUUAUAUAUGAGUCUAUGUGUGUCUGUGUGUAUCUAAUAUUAUCUGUGUUUCUGUCUGCGUGUAUCUAUUAUCAUUAGUGUUUCUGUCUGUAUCUAUUAUAAUCUGAGUGUGUCUGUGUGUAUGUAAUAUUAUCUCUGUGUAUCUAAUAUUAUCAUUGUGUCUGUGUGUAUAUAAUAGUAUCGGUGUGUCUCUGUGUGUAUCUAAUAUUAUCAUUGUGUCUGUGUGUAUAUAAUAGUAUCGGUGUGUGUCUGUGUGUAUCUAAUAUUAUCAUUGUGUCUGUGUGUAUAUAAUAGUAUCGGCGUGUGUCUGUGUGUAUCUAAUAUUAUCAUUGUGUCUGUGUGUAUAUAAUAGUAUCGGUGUGUGUCUGUUUGUAUCUAAUAUCUGUGUGGCUCUCUGUAUUAUUAUCUGUCUGUGAGUAUAUGUCUAUGUGUAUCUAGGACUAGUGACAGAGGUUUUUAAAUGAUUAACUUUACUUAGGAGUAGAAAUGCUAAUUUGAGAAUGUAAUAGUGUUCUAUAUAUAUAGAUGGAUAUGUUGAGUGAAUCUGUGCUGUUAGUCUAAACCCUUUCUUUGUAUCUCUAGUCCUCCCAGAACUCUGGACAAGUCAUUGGAGAGGAGGUGGAAGAUGGAAUUAUCUACACCAUCUCCGAAAGUGAAGUGCGGUUUGGCCCUAACAAGGGCAAGCCAUUGUGGGUAAGCAGCUUUCUGUCUUCCAUGGGCACUGUAGAAGGUUGGCUUGCUGGACAUUGUGAUGCUGCAGUGAAGACGAUAGUGGAAACAUGUAUUUUGUUAUCAGGAUAAAAGCAGGGUUAUUCACCAAUGUGUGAAUUGCCUGGAAUUCGAUGUGAAUUUAAAGUAAGAGUAGAUCACUGGAGUCCAGACCAUGUCUCAAUAAGGCUGCUGUGGUAUCCCCCUGGCCAUGCUGUACAAGUGCAUACUGCUGUGUUUUCACACUUUAAAAGCAUACCUUUCCAUUUUACUUAUAUCAUUUCAAAUUCAGUUACUCUACGCUGUGGAAUAUGUUGGAGCUAUAUCAAUAAUACAUAAACCGACAUAAGCAUCACUCCAAGGCCAAAGAUCUUCUUUUUACCAAUGAUCAAAAAAGUUAUUUUUACAUGAAACAUAGUCUGAAGUCACACUGAUAUAAAGAAAUAAUGUCCCUGCUUUUUUCUGGCUAACUUUACGUCUUUAGUGAUUUUGAAGGAAACAAAAACCCCUCAGAAUUCUGCGUUGACAAUAAUUGUGCUAUACUCCCUGUGCAUUAUUUUUACAGGUAUUAUCCCAGAACACAGUUUUCUGGCCCUCGGAGACCAGAUUUGGACAACCCUUCUUCUACCUUUACACUGAUAAUCGAUGUUACCUACUUCAUACAUUUUCGGAACACAAGUGACAUAACAUAUAACACGGCUAAGUAUGCAUACAGUUAACAUGCAUGCUCAUAUAUGUUGUGAAAAGGUUUCUUGUGGUCUGUUGCUUUGUGCCAAAGAUCUUUGUGCCAAAUAACAAUUAAAUCAUUAACAAUACAGAGAAUAAAUAAGCUAAUAACAUUGUCCUUAGUCGUUGUUCAAUAUUAACUUGUCUUCUCGUUCUAUCUUUACUCUGUAAAUCUGCUCGGGAUGCGUGUUUAGUUUACUUACCCCACCUGGUUAAUAAAACACAUUGUGUCUGCAUCUAACACACAGUUUUUUCUUACAGUUCAAUCGCAAAUCAGGCUUGAGUGAGACACGUAAGGUGAGAACAGUAAAGGCCGGGACACUGGAGAAACUGGUUGAACACUUGGUUCAUGCGUCCAAAGCCAAUGAUUCCGCCUACGUUACCACCUUCCUGUGGAUGUAUCGACCAUUUGCCACCACCAAGCAAGUUCUGGACCUCCUUCUGAACAACUUAAAUGCGGAAAACCUCAAUGACAAUCCUGAUCUGAAAAAGUAAGUUGUUUAAUUUCUAAUAAUAGGAGUUUGUACUGUGAUUUCCAGUAAUUAUCACAGCAGAAUUUAUCAUUGGCUCGUGGUUUAUCGCCAAUCUAGUGAGUUGGCAUGAGUUAACAAAUAACCUGCCAAUUCAGGUCAAAAUAGUGGGGAUAAUAAAGCCUCCACUGUGUCUGAUCUGAAUAUUGUAGGUGAACGUUAAAGACAAUACACACAAUUAGUCAAACAUUGAUAAUUUUAUUCCAACAGAACAGAACCUUUAUCUAAACGAAGUAAUGAAUGCCAUUAGGACAGCGAUCGUGCUUUGCUACAUGCUCCAGACAGCAAGUUUAGAUAGAUCAAGGAGCAGAGUAACUAACUGACUCCUCUCAGACAGGUUCACAGUCUUAUCUUGUCUGGCUACAAGGGAUAGUCCUAAGGAGACUAGAAGCUAAUGGGGUUUUCAUGCAAAUUCUCAAGUUAGAAUUGGUUUAGAUAUAGACAAAGGCCCAUCUUUCAGUAUUGCUAUACUGUGCAUUGGAAGGUGCUGAAUGACAAAUCUGUCUCUAAAUACAAACCAUCAGCCAAUGUCCUGUAACAUGACACACAGUUUCUAACUUACCUGAACAUAGGUUUAAAGGACCACUAUAGUGCCAGGAAAAUAUACUCGUAUUCCUGGCACUAUAGUGCCCUGAGGGUGCCCCCACCCUCAGGGACCCCCUCCCGCCCGGCUCUGGAAAGGGGAAAGGGUUAAAAACGUACCUUUUUCCAGCGCUGGGCGGGGAGCUCUCUGCCUCCUCUCCGCCUCCGAUCCUCCUCCUGGGCUGAAUGCGCACGCGCGGCAAGAGCUGCGCGCGCAUUCAGCCCGUCGCAUAGGAAAGCAUUUACAAUGCUUUCCUAUGGACGCUUGCGUGCUCUCACCGUGAAAAUCACAGUGAGAAGCACGCAAGCGCCUCUAGUGGCUGUCAAUGAGACAGCCACUAGAGGGAAUAGGGGAAGGCUUAACCCAUUCAUAAACAUAGCAGUUUCUCUGAAACUGCUAUGUUUAUUAAAAAAUGGGUUAACCCUAGCUGGACCUGGCACCCAGACCACUUCAUUAAGCUGAAGUGGUCUGGGUGCCUAGAGUGGUCCUUUAACAUGUUUUAUAUCUGGUGAAUCCAACUUGUGCAUGUUGUCUGUUUUGGGGCAAAAUGUGGAUGGCCCAAAUAAAAACCACUGUUUGUGUGCUGUAUUGGCUCACUCUUCUAUUUUUCCCGACAGCACGAUCUCCUUCAUCUUGGGUGUAUGGCUAGAUCAACACUCCGAGGAUUUCCGAGAUGCUCCAGGAUAUGAGUGUCUCAAACAGAUCAUCAGGUGUGUUCAGCAGAGCAUCCCUGGCUCCGACCUGGAAAGCAGAGCUUGCAAUCUGCUGACUCAGUUCCAGCAGGAGCAAAACAAAGAACUGGCUCAAGAGGGUGAGUUUUUGAUCUGGAAAUUGCAUUUGGCAUCAGAAGGCUCUUAUAAUAGAUUUUGAAAUCUGUGGUCUGUCCCCAAACUGCAGUGUAAUAUCAGCCUGGCAUUAUUAUCACCAGCUGCCAAACCCGAUUAUGGCACUGCCAAGCACGGGUAACCAAACAGUUUAAUGGCAAUGUGUGAAAUUGUAGGAUAGUUUUAUUUUCUAUUGUGUGUACUUGAAAGAAGGUCUGAUUUCUCUUUUUUACUUAAUACUUUGGUAGAAUUUACUCAGUUUGUAUGUAGUGAAAAACAUAUUCUUCCAGUUACCACAAAAUCCAACAAUGUACACCAACUUAUUUCAUUGUCCUUUGUUGUUUUAAUGCAAAUCUUGUUUUAUUUAAAUGUGGAAACCUUUGGUUUUGUUUGGUUCUACAGGGGAUCCCUCCACCUGUAAUCCACCAAUUGCCAAAGAGAGUAGUCUUCUCUAUACCACCAUAGAAGAGGUAGAUCUUUUCUCUAUACCACCAAAGAAGAUGGCGGAACAGUUAACAGCCCUGGAUGCUGUGAGUAUGACUUCCCUCCUGUCUAUUUACGUACUGUGUCCCACUUCCAGAUCUUCUCUCCAUCAUCUUCUGUCAUUUACUCAUGUUUUUCUUCCCAGUGCUUUCUGUGCCUCCUCUUUUAAGACACUUUGCUACUUUCUGCUGCUGUUUUGCUCCUUUCCCAUCACUUCAAUGGUUUAUUUCUGUAUCUGUAAACUGUCUUGGUGGAAUAUUGUGUCUUAUUUUAUCACAUUUACACUAUAGGAUAUCUUCCAAAAGGUAGUGCUCUAUGACUGCCUUGGCUGCGUCUUUUCCAAGAAGGAUACACAGAAAAAUAAACAUGUGGCUCCCACUGUCCGGGCAGUUGUCGAUCAAUGUCACCAUGUGUAUGACCUUGUUAUGUCUACAUGCCUGAAAGACCUGUCCAUGACGGCACAGGAGAGAGCCAAGGUGAUAGAGUACUGGAUGGACGUGGCUAUAGUAUGUAUACCAAUAUUACUAUUUUUCCAUCUCAUAGUACCAGUCUGGCUCCAGUAUAAUCAUCAUUGUUUUACUUCUUUCUGACUCACUUACAGGAGUGCCGUGAUAUGAAGAAUUUCUCCUCCCUGCGCGCUAUUUGCGGCGCCGUGGAUUGCACUCCAAUUCUACGACUGAAGAAAUCAUGGGAGGGGAUUCCCACGUAAGUCUCUUUACUUCUCACGUAGGAAUUACUAAAUGUCACUUAUGACUGCAAUAGGCCAUAGAUACAUAGAUCAGUGCUAAUUAUUAAGCUACCAGCAGGAAUAUUCCACUGGUGUCUAUCGGGAUUGCUCCAAAUGUUGCCCUGUAUUUCAUAUUUAGAGAUAUGGCCUGUUGUAUUUUAUAAGUUAUUAGAAUGCAGUCCAUUUUCUGUUGUGGAGAAAAGUUCUAUAAGUGGAGCAGUUACCAAGAAAACCACUGGACUGCACCAUGGAGACUGCUGCACAUUUUAAACGUCUCAUCAGAAUAGUUCUUUAUCUACAGCCUCCAUAGAGCUUGUUUUCACACUUGUACUUGUUAUAAAAACAGCCAUUAAGCUUUGUUAAAGGGUUUCUCCACCCACCAUGACCACUUUAGUAGUUUCUGUUAGAAAUACUGCACAUACAAAGAUAUUGUUAAUUCUGUGUGUGUGUGUGUGCGACAACCAGUUAGCAUUCACCAAGAGGAAAAAUAGAAAAAAGACUCAUUAUCCAAUUAAAUGACAUAGCAACUUCACCAGGACACUAUAAAAGGUUCACUCAGUGUAUUCACACCUGUGAUGUAUGAGGAAGGAGCCCUUAAGGGUUUAUUUACUACAUAAUCCCAUGAACUGAAAUGCAGAGUCCAACAUGUUGGCAAAAAUAAGUGGGUUACAGUUUGGCUAAUUUAGCCUAAAUGUUGCAAUUGGAUAUUCAUUUCACUAGUUUACUAGACCCUCUGAGUACCUUGAUUUAUACAUUUAUUUAUCUACAGACAUAGCAGAUGGUGAUACACAACUCUAAUUGGCAAUUUGUGAAACGCGUUGAUCUCCCAUUUGCUGCAUUUCUAAUGACCUGUGACUGUAUUAUUGUUUCUCAAUUCAUGUCUGACUUAAAAAAAUAACUAUAUUCUUUUCUGUUUUUAGUAAAAAAGUCAAAAUGUUCUAUGAAUUUGUUGAACUCUUUAAAGUAUUUGAAGAAUAUGAAGCUUUGUUGCUUAAGGUGGGUGUGUUUAAUGGUAUAACGCAUGUUUAGAUUAUAAACAUGUAAUGGCACCAUAGACUCUAAUAAACAAACAGCAAUCCAAAGGAAGGAGCCAGAGGGGGGCUGGCAGCCUUCGGCCUGCGGGGCAAAUCCAGUCAAGUGGCCCAUUGCACCAAGAAGAGAGAAAAGACACAUUUCCCAUGUGAUUGAAAGGGUGGGCAGUCACCUAAACAGACACACUCAUUGACAGGCACACACACUUGCUGAUUAUAUAUAAACACACACACAAACACACCACACCACACUGUUACAGGCAUAGUGACACACACACAUAGACAUACUGACACACACAGACAUACUCACAGACACACACACACACGCACACACACACACACACACACACACACACACAAACUUUACACUUUUAAAGCCAGUAGAUAGUGCCUGAGACAGGCUUAGUAAGGGGACAGGGCUGUAGUAGAGGGCUAUGGGCUGUAGGGGGUAUGAGCUGUAAUUAGCUGUAGGAUGUAUGAGCUGUAAUUAGCUGUAGGAUGUAUGAGCUGUAAUUAGGGGAAUAGGAAAUGUAGUGGGGGUCUAGGGUUUGGAGUAGGUUGGUGGCUACAAUUUGGGAAAGGGGCUGUGGUGUGGGUGAUAUGGGUUGCAAUUGGGGGAAAGGGGCUGUAGUGGGGAUGUUAUGGGGGCUGAAGGGGGGACAUGGGGCUGAGGGGGGACAGGAGCUGAGGGGGGGACAGGAGCUGAGAGGGGAGCAGGGCUGAGGAAGGGGAUAGGAGGCUGAGGAAGGGGGACAGGGGCUGAGGAAGGGGGAUAGAGGCUGAGGAAGGGGGACAGGGGCUGAGGAAGGGGGAUAGAGGCCGAGGAAGGGGGAUAGAGGCUGAGGAAGAGGGACAGGGGUUUAGCAAAUGGACAGGGGAUGAGGAAGGGGAUAAAAAAAACUAAAGUAAAUUCCCCAACUCCCUGAGUCUUACCUUAGAUCAGGGACGGGUGGGCAGGAGCAGCAGCCAGUAGUCAGUGAAGUUGGCCUCUUCUGAUGAUGUCAGAAGGAGGGGGCAUGAUGACUUCCUUUGCUCUUCUCCCAGACUCCCAAGCGGUCCUGUGAGAAGAGCAGUGAAAGUCACGCCCCCUCCUCCUGACAUCAUCAGGAGAGGUCGGCCGACUACACUCCGAGUCCCCAGCCAGAGACAGGGCCAGGGCCAGAGGCAGGGGAUUCUGAUUUUUCCUUCUUUUGCUGGAUGCGGAUGGCCCUGGAUUUAGGUCGGCCUGGUGGGCAAUUGCCUCACUGCCCCCUGUCCCAGCCGCCCCUGGAAGGAGCCCGUCUCUCUGACACCAGCCUCAGAUAUUGUGAACUUGUUUGAGGAGUUGUAACCUUUACCUACUCUUUCUUCAAUGCCCCCCAUCACAUACUACUUUAAGAAAUUAAUAUUUUUAUUUCAAAAAUUCUAACUACAGGUUGUCUAUAGAAGUCUGAAACUACCGAGUUCUGCUUUUUAAUCAGACAUUGGUUGUUUUAAAGCGUUAAACACACGUUUUCUUUUACUUUUAAAGAGCUGUUUAUCUAAUUUUGCCUGUAUCUGUAUUUCCCCAGCCAAGCUCCCCUCCUGUCUAUACAGUAAUGAGAAUUGGCUUCAGCAUUAGUGGAGCAAAGCACUAAUCUUUAUCAAGUCUUACUUAAUCUUAUUCUUAUAAUUAUUUCUCUUUAACACUUUGCUCCAUUUUCCCAUUUAGGAAUCGACUACCAAAUGUGCAACUGCAGACGUUAACAACAAAAAGGCAAAGAAACGACUUAAAAAGCAGAAAAAGAAGGUAUGAGCUGGGUAUAAUAAUAUAAUAUGGCUGUGAUAGAUUACAUGCCAUUUCUUUCCUUUUUUGUUCACCCUCAAGGAAAGGUUAAAAGAACUUAAUAUGGAUAGCUUGGAGGAAAGACGAGACAGGGGGGAUAUGAUAGAAACAUUUAAAUACAUAAAGGGAAUCAACACAGUAAAGGAAGAGACUAUAUUUAAAAGAAUAAAAACUACCACAACAAGAGGACAGUGUCUUAAAUUAGAGGGGCAAAGGUUUAAAAAUAAUAUCAGGAAGUAUUACUUUACUGAGAGGGUAGUGGAUGCAUGGAAUAGCCUUCCAGUUGAAGUGGUAGAGGUUAACACAGUAAAGGAGUUUAAGCAUGCGUGGGAUAGGCAAAACGCUAUCCUAACUAUAAGAUAAGGCCAGGGACAAAUAAUAUUUAGAAAAUUGGGCAGACUAGAUGGGCCGAAUGGUUCUUAUCUGCCAUCACAUUCUAUGUUUCUAUGGUGAUGGCUGGAAGAAUGGCUAACAAUAUGUGUGUUCAUUGCAGGGAGUCGUAUAUGGCACCAUUCCCUAUAUGGGUCUUCAUCUGUGGUACCUAACAUUCCUAGACACCAGAAACAAAAAUAUAAAGGUGAGUAACUGAUCCGAGUGUGAUCUAGAUACUUUGGCUGCUCUGAUCUUCUAAUUGUGAUUUGUGUUACAGAGAGGACUCAUCAAUUUCCAGAAGAGGCAGGAGGUGAGUAUUAAAAUCAUUGCAGUUCUUUGUAUAUCCAUCCUAUCGUUCUGUCUGUCUGUGAUGUCUUGGAUCUGGCAGUAUGGCUAUUGGUAAUAAUGGGAUGAAGUUAUGAAAUCCUACACUAUUAAACAUAUUGCAGGGCAGCACCUUUCCUGCCUUGCCAUUAAAGGGAAACUAUAGUUAGACUAUAGAGAAUUGCAGAGGAUCAUGGGAUUUGUAGUUUAGAAAAGCUAGAUACGUAGUUUGGUCAGUUUCUGAUAGUACAUGCAAAGGGCUUGCCUUAUUCCUCAAUAAUAUAGUAUACAGCAGACACAGGAAUAUAGUGUAUAUUGCACACAACUUAUUAUAUUGCUGCCCAAUGGUUCUGCGGCCAUAACAUAUCUUUCAUUUUGGCUUUGACCGCUCAGGAAUUUGAAGUGCUUGCCACAUUAAAGCUCCUGCAGGCAUCAUGCAAUAACUACCGAUUCACCAUCGAGGAGUCUUUCCUGAAUUGGUUUCAUAGCGUGGAGCGACUGAGCUGUGAUGAGACGUAAGUCCAGAGUCUCCUGUUAUGAAUUUGUGCUUUAUCACCUUAUAUCCUAAAAGGAUAAAAUAAAAAAAGAGAAGCUCUUUCUAGAUGUGAGGUCUUUUCUUGGUUCAUCAUUCUAGCCUCAUGUGUCUAUUUUUAUUACAGCUAUCUGUUAUCCUGGGAUAUUGAGCCUCUUUCCAAUUCUGCAAGAGAGAAAAUGGGGAGACAAGGACUCCUCAGGAAGUAAGUCCAUCUAAAGUUCCCAAUCUUUCUUACAAAGCUAGUCGUCAAUUGGGGGCUACCUUUUAUCCACCCUUGUUAUAAGUCCAUUGGUUCUCAAACACAGAUAGUUCUCAUUUUACCAAUACGCUCACUUGAAUUGAAGUGGAAAAGCCUUUAAUUUUGUGCCAUUGCUGGUCCCGGUUUGAGAACCACUAAUUGAUUAGAGCAGGAUUAAAAAGCUGCAACUAGGGAAUCAAAGAGUCUAAGCCUGGUACAAGAACCUAACUGCAUGAAUCAUCUUAGAAUAGAUAGUAUCAGGCUCUCAUUAGGAUCCAAGUGGUAUGCUUCACAGCCAAGCUAAUUAUAGCGACAUGUGCAAUUCGUUUCGGUACGAAUUUAAAUUCGGAUGAAUUUCGGCAAUUCGGACAUUUGGAUGCUUCCGAAUGUCCUAAUUGCCGAAUUUUGGAAGUGGCGAAUUGCCGAAGUCCCAAAUUGCUGAACUGCGGAAUUUCGGAAGUGCCGAAGUGCUUCAUAUUUCUGAAAAGUGACAAAACAGGAGAGGGAGGGAAAAUUAAGGGAACGAUGACAGGAAUCUAACCCUACCUUUAACCCUACCCCUUACCCUAACCUUCCAUUAACCCUAACUCUACUCCUAACCCUACCCUUAACACUAAACCUACCCCUAACCCAACCUUCUCUAAACUUACCCUUAACCCUUCCCCUAACCCUACCCCUAACCCUAGUAGGGUUAGGGUUAGGUUUAGUGGUCGGGCUAGGGGUAGGUUUAGUGUUAGGGGUGGGUUUAGGGGUACCGAAUUCCCGAAGUGCUGAACCGAACCGCAUUUUUUGCCCAUGCACAUGCCUAGCCACAACACAUUUUACAAGUCUUAAAAGACAAAUUCCUUUUAAAAGAAAAAUGUCUGGCUGUUGAUAAUUGUGAUUGAUGCAUGUUUUUUGCUCCACCAUUGUUUGUGUCUUCUAACAGGCCAUCAAACAGCUCAGAGCCCAUCCCUGCAACGACAUCCCAGCCAAAGAGCACUGACCACCCGGAGUGCAGUCCACAAGUCUCAGACACCACAAACUCUGGUACUACUUUAUCUGGAUAUAGCAAGGCUGAAAUGAAGGAAGCCCAGGCAGCCCCAUCAGAGCCCGAAGGACCCAGCAUUCCCAAAACCCAGGCAGCACCAUCAGAGCCUGAAGGACCCAGCAAUCCUGAGGCCUAGGCACCAACAAUAGAGCCUGAUGGACCCAUUAUUGCGGAGACUCGGGCAUCAUGUGAAAAAGUAAUUAAGAACAUUAAGAAAAUCAAUGGAGAUGCUAAAGGGAGAGAAAGAAGAGCUUCAACAAAGAGAAAUAUGAAUACAGACUGAGGGAAGUAGUGAGCAAAUGUCACAAAGAACCCUAUGUGCAUACAGACCCCUUUUCCAUGUCACACAGCACCUCAUGUACAUACAGAUUCUCAUUCCAUGUUACACAACACCACAUGUACAUACAGAUUCUCAUUUCAGAGUCAAAACAGCAAAGGAAGCCACAUGUAUCCCAGCCUUGACAGGGAGAACAAAGAGCAGAAGAGGCCACAUGUAUCCCAACAUCGAUGGAAAGAAGAAACAGCAGAAGAUGCUACAUUUAUCCCAACCACGAUAAAGAGAGUAGAAACAGCAGAAGAAGUCACAUGUAUCCCAGCCUCAAUGAAGAGUAAAAACAGCAGAAGAAGCCACAUUUAUCCCAACCUUGAUAAAGAGAGUAGAAACAGCAGAAGAAGCCACAAGUAUCCCAGCCUCAAUGAAGAGUAGAAACAGCAGAAGAAGUCACAUGUAUCCCAGCCUCGAAAGAGAGAAGAAAC